UUCUGGGCAUUUUCAUAUAGGAGGAAGUAACAUGGGAGAGUUUCAGUUUCAGCAACUUCAAGCUAUUAAAACUCGUCAAUAUUCAUGGAAACCUCUGCUCACGGCCUCCAUCUCUCGCUUUCCCCAUUGCAGCUUCAAGAUUGGUUUCUCCAAUGCCAAAACCCUCUCGCUCACACAUGGCUUCAUUUCUCGAAAACCCACCAAGCUCAGUCUCAAUCUUAUCCACCUUCCUUUUCGCUCUCUUUGUCGACCUCGAACAGUUUGCAAGAUGAGCGAGUCAGAUAUUAUGUCACAAUUGGAGCUUGGGAAGCCUGAAGAGAGACGGAAACCACAUAAACGAGUGAAUGGAAUAUUUUGGAUUUUACUUCUCAAUUUGGGAAUAUAUGCUGCUGAUCAUGUGUUUCAGGUUCCUGGAAUAAAAAGUCUGUAUCUUUACCAUAGUUCUCCUGAGUGGUACCAGUUUCUUACAGCAACCUUUUGUCAUGGUAGUUGGAACCAUCUUUCUAGCAACCUUUUCUUCUUAUAUAUUUUUGGGAAGCUUGUUGAAGAAGAGGAAGGAAGCUUUGCAUUGUGGCUUUCUUAUAUUCUUACUGGCGUUGGAGCAAACCUUGUUUCAUGGCUUAUUCUUCCGCGGAAUGCAGUUUCAAUAGGAGCCUCAGGGGCUGUUUUUGGCUUAUUCACUAUCAGUGUCCUUGUAAAGAUGUCUUGGGACUGGAGGAAGAUCCUUGAAGUGCUUAUAUUGGGCCAAUUUGUUGUAGAGAAGGUUAUGGAAGCAGCUCAAGCUUCUACUGCAUUAUCCGGUGCCUUUCGCGGAGGCUCUUCCAUGAGUAGCAUCAAUCACAUUGCUCAUCUGUCUGGUGCUCUUGUUGGUGUCAUGCUGGUAUGGCUGCUUAGUAAAGUUCCUUCCGAACCAUCAGAAUCAGACCAAGUGUCAACCUUGAAUCGGAAGACAGGCAUGAAAUAGAACGAAAAUAUUUUUUACAAAUUACAUCUAAUUAUUUUGAUUUCAUUGAGAAUUAGAUCCCUCAAUUACUUCACCCAAUGUUUGGAUCAUGGAUUUUAGUAGGGAAAGAAAAUGAAUUCGAAAGAAUUUUAUUUUCUACUAGUUGUAUUCAAACAAAAAAAUUUAAAUUUUUUGUUUUAGAAAAAAAAACAGAAAUAUAGUGUAAUUUUAUAAAAUUUAGAACUAUUAUGCAAGUCACAUUUCCUCAAUGUUUUUUCCUUAAAAAUCCAAGAUCCAAACAAAACCUACGAGCUUCGGGCCAAAAUGGCCGAAACUGUGGGCCUUGUCAUGUAAAUUGAAUUUGGUGCAUGGUGAUUCAGUUGACAUGGAUAGAUAUUUGUUA